AUGACUGCGGAGAAGGUAGCUAUCGCGUCAGGCCUCGACGCCGAGAUCCAGGCAGCCCGCAAGCGCAAUGUGGCUGCGAACUCACCUAAUGGAGUUCUUGUGAAUAGAGUGGAAGAGGUGGAUGAGAAGAAAACACAGACGAAGAAGAAGCCCGAGCAGACUUUCCUACAGUUUCUGGAUGAGUGGGAAUUCAUCGUCGCGCCCGUCAUCUUCACGUUCUUGGCCUUCUUCACACGCUUGUACAAGAUUGGUCUUUCGCCUAUCGUAACAUGGGACGAAGCCCAUUUUGGUAAAUUCGGUUCCCACUACCUCAAACGAGAAUUCUACUUCGAUGUCCACCCUCCUCUUGGAAAGAUGCUGGUUGGAUUGUCCGGGUACAUAGCUGGCUACAAUGGGUCUUUCGAGUUCAAGUCCGGCGAAAAAUACCCCGACGAGCUCAAUUACACCUUCAUGCGGGCCUUCAACGCCUUUUUCGGAGCAGUCUGUGUCCCACUGGCUUAUUACACUGCCCGCGAAAUGAACUUCCGGCGUCCUGCCGUGUGGUUUGUCACACUAAUGGUCCUCUGUGAGAAUUCGUACACCACUAUCAGCAGAUUCAUCCUCCUCGACUCCAUGCUGCUAUGUUUCACCUUCACCACUGUCCUGUGCUGGGCCAGAUUUCACAGACUGCAGGACCAGAGCUUUAGCGCUGAGUGGUUUGCCUGGCUUGUCUUGACGGGAAUCAGUAUUGGACUUGUGGACAGUGUUAAGUGGGUUGGUUUCUUCGUCACUGCUAUGGUUGGAAUCUAUACCAUCGAGGACCUCUGGAACAAGUUCGGCGAUCUGAAGAUGCCAAAGGUUGAACUUGCCUCCCAUGUUGUGGCUCGAGUUGUUGGACUAAUCGUCAUCCCAAUCUGCAUCUACAUGCUGUCUUUCGUUCUGCACUUCGCUAUUCUCGAAAACAGUGGUCCGGGAGACGCCCAAAUGAGUUCCUUGUUCCAGGCUAACCUUAGAGGUACCGAGGUUGGAAAGGACAGCCCUCUGGAGAUCGCCUACGGCUCCAGAGCUACGAUCAAGAAUAUGGGUUACGGUGGUGGUCUUCUCCACUCUCAUGUCCAGACCUACCCCGAAGGCUCAACUCAACAACAGGUUACUUGCUACCACCACAAAGAUGCCAACAACGAAUGGUGGUUCUUCCCCAACCGCGCCCAACCUGACCUUGAUCCGGAGGCAGAGCCUAAAUUCGUUGCCGAUGGUGAUGUCUUGCGUCUCCUCCAUUCCCAGACCGGCCGUAAUCUCCAUUCCCACGAGGUUUCGGCUCCCGUUACUAAGAACGACCGAGAAGUUUCUUGUUACGGAAACGUCACUGUUGGUGACGAGAAGGAUCACUGGACAAUGGAGGUCGUCAGGGAUGUUGGCUCAGGUGACAAGACCAAGAUCAGAACCUUGACGACUGCAUUCAGACUUAGGCACACCGUUCUUGGCUGUUAUCUCCGCGCUGGUAAUGUCAACUUGCCACAGUGGGGUUUCAAGCAGAUUGAGGUUACAUGUGACAAAGCCAACAACCCUAAAGAUGUCUACACCCAUUGGAACGUCGAGGCCCACUGGAAUGACAAGCUCCCUGCCGCCGAUGCUGGAGCCUACAAGUCUCCUUUCCUCCAGGACUUCAUUCACUUGAACGUCGCCAUGAUGACAUCCAAUAAUGCUCUUGUCCCGGAUCCCGACAAGCAAGACGAUCUCGCUUCCGAAUUUUGGCAAUGGCCGAUUCUCAAUGUUGGUCUCCGUAUGUGUGGUUGGGAUGAUAACAUCGUCAAGUAUUAUCUUCUCGGAAACCCACUUGUCUACUGGGGUUCUACUGCCUCUCUCGGUCUUGUCGCUCUCAUGUUCAGCUGGUACCUCGUUAGAUGGCAGCGCGGCUACAUGGAGUUGAGGGAAUGGGAUAUCGACCAAAUCCACUACGCCGGUCUCUAUCCUGUUCUUGGAUGGUUUCUCCACUACAUUCCUUUCGUCUCCAUGGGCCGUGUCACCUACGUCCAUCACUACUAUCCUGCUCUCUACUUCGCUCUCCUCGUCUUUGGAUUCGUCACAGACUGGAUGCUUCGAAGUCGGGGCAAGACCGUACAAGUCGCCGCCUACGGCUUCCUGUACGCCUUGACGAUCGGCCUCUACAUAUACUUCAUGCCAAUCUCUUGGGGAAUGGUCGGUCCGAACAAGAACUACAGAUAUAUGAAAUGGUUCGACUCGUGGAGAGUAACGGACUGA